GCCUUGGACGCAGUUCAGGAAUCCGCUGCCGCUGCCGCCGCCGUCGCGGGCCGCUCGCCGGCUCGGGCCGGAGCGGGAGGGCGCCAGGCAACACCGCUCGCUCGCCCGCUCGCUGCGCAGGCAGGACGGCGCCCUCCUGGCGCCGCUUCCCGCCCCGCGUGCCGACCCGCCGGGCAGCGCCUCCCUCCCUCCCUGCCGGCCGCCGCCCCCGGGGAGGGCGCGGAGCCCGGGCCGCGCGGGAGCCGGGGCCGCUGGGCCGCUUCUGCCGGGAUCUUCCGAGAGGAGGGCGAAGUUGCGAGCGGAUGCUGCCCGCGCCGGACCCCAGCCACGGAGGAGCAGAUCCGCCCGCGCCGGGGGAGGCUCGGCGGCCGGGGACGAGGGUGUCCCCCACCUGAAGACGACAAGCCAGGUCCUGAGUGAUGCCCCUGAGCUGAGUGUCCGCGGCCGGCCCGAGGAGUCCCCACAGCCCCACCUUUUCCCAUGGAGAAAGGACUCUCUUUGCCCCAGGACUGCCGGGACUUUGUGCACAGCCUGAGGAUGAGGGGAAAAUAUGCCCUUUUCUUGGCUUUUGUGGUGAUAGUUUUUGUCUUCAUUGAAAAGGAAAAUAAAAUCAUAUCAAGGGUCUCGGACAAGCUGAAGCAGAUCCCCCAAACCCUGGCAGAUGCCAACAGCACCGAUCCAGCCCUGGUCUUGGCUGAGAACGCGUCCCUCUUGUCCCUGAGCGAGCUCGAUUCAGCCUUUUCCCAGCUGCAGAGCCGUCUCCGCAACCUCAGCCUGCAGCUGGGUGUGGAGCCCGCGGGGGAGGCCUUGGGGGAGGAGGAGGAGGAGGCGGAGCCGCGCCGACCUGGCCCGCCCCGGCGCCACGUGCUCCUCAUGGCCACGACCCGCACGGGCUCCUCGUUCGUGGGCGAGUUCUUCAACCAGCAGGGCAACAUCUUCUACCUCUUCGAGCCGCUGUGGCACAUCGAGCGCACGGUGUCCUUCGAGCCGGGAGGCGCCAACGCCGCGGGCUCGGCGCUGGUGUACCGCGACGUGCUCAAGCAGCUCUUCCUGUGCGACCUGUACGUCCUGGAGCACUUCAUCACCCCGCUGCCGGAGGACCACCUGACCCAGUUCAUGUUCCGCCGGGGCUCCAGCCGCUCCCUCUGCGAGGACCCGGUCUGCACGCCCUUCGUCAAGAAGGUCUUUGAGAAGUACCACUGCAAGAACCGCCGCUGCGGCCCCCUCAACGUGACGCUGGCCGCCGAGGCCUGCCGCCGCAAGGAGCACAUGGCACUCAAGGCCGUGCGCAUCCGGCAGCUGGAGUUCCUGCAGCCGCUGGCCGAGGACCCCCGGCUGGACUUGCGCGUCAUCCAGCUGGUGCGCGACCCCCGGGCCGUGCUGGCGUCCCGCAUGGUGGCCUUCGCCGGCAAGUACGAGACCUGGAAGAAGUGGCUCGCCGAGGGAGAGGACCGGCUGAGAGAGGAGGAGGUGCAGCGGCUGCGGGGCAACUGCGAGAGCAUCCGCCUGUCGGCGGAGCUGGGCCUGCGGCAGCCCGCCUGGCUCCAGGGCCGCUACAUGCUGGUGCGCUACGAGGACGUGGCGCGCAGUCCCCUGCAGAAGGCCCGAGAGAUGUACCGCUUCGCAGGCAUCCCCCUGACCCCGCAGGUGGAGGACUGGAUCCAGAAGAACACCCAGGCGGCCCGCGACAGCAGCGGCAUCUACUCCACCCAGAAGAACUCCUCGGAGCAGUUCGAGAAGUGGCGCUUCAGCAUGCCCUUCAAGCUGGCCGAGGUGGUGCAGGCCGCCUGCGGCCCCGCCAUGCACCUCUUCGGCUACAAACUGGCACGGGAUGCCGCCUCCCUCACCAACCGCUCCGUCAGCCUGCUGGAGGAACGGGGCACCUUCUGGGUCACGUAGGGGGCCUGGAGCCCUGUGUACCCCUCCUGGUAAAAGGCCCGCCCUGCCUUCCUCACACCCAGGCCAGCGGUGAAAUGCAGCCCUCGCCGAGGGCGGGUGGGACGCUGCCCUGUGAGCGGGCAGCCCCUCGCUGUAGCAGUAGGCCCCCAGCCAGCUAGCGCCCCGCCACGGCCACAGGCCCUGGGUUUCUCUCUGAGAACAGGACGGUGCCUGGUCCCUUUGUGGGACGUCACACCCAGACCUGAGGAGCUACAGCCUCCUGGGCAGGCCCGGACA